AGUGUCCCAUCGAGAGACAGCCAUUAGAGCUCAUUGAAACCAAUACCAAAAAAAAUAUUUCUAAAAAAGUGAAUCAAAGAGAGCUCUGAUGGCUUCUAACAAUUUGCUUGUCAUCCUUGCCAUUGUGGCAAUUGUUCUUCCUUCAGUCACCAUGGCUACUGAUUAUUGGGUUGGUGACUCUAGUGGUUGGACCAAUGGCUACGAUUACCAAGCUUGGGCUAAGGAUAAAGUAUUCUAUGUUGGAGACAAACUAGUUUUUAACUAUACUAUGGGAAAUCAUAACGUGUUCAAAGUGAACGCUACCGGCUUCAGCCAAUGCAUUAUCCCACCAUCAAAUGAGGCAUUGACCUCUGGACACGAUAUCAUUCCCCUUAUGGUCCCUGGAAAAAAAUGGUACAUUUGCGGUGUGGGGCAGCACUGUGCUCAGUUUGGCCAAAAACUUAUGUCUUAA